AUGUAUCUACUAAUUGUUGAUGCGCACAGCAAGUGGCUGGAAGUGUUUCCUGUAGCUUCCACUUCAGCCAAUGUAGCCAUAAAUCAUUUAAGAGAUUUGUUCAGUAGGUUUGGCCUGCCAGAGACUGUCCACAGUGACAAUGGUCCACCAUUUUCCUCAUUUGAAUUUCAUAAUUUUAUGUCAAACAAUGGUAUCAGACAUACUUUGAGUCCUCCAUACCAUCCCAUGAGCAACGGUUUGGCAGAGAACUCUGUCAAAUAUGCUAAGAAUAAGAUCAAAUGUGCUUUACGUGAUAAGAAAGAUGUAAAUAUAGCUUUAAGUAGAAUAUUGUUUGAUUAUCGAAAUGCUGUUCAUGCUACCACCAAUGAGACCCCAGCAAAGUUGAUGUUUAAUAGGCAAUUAAGGACUAGGUUAGAUUUAUUAAGGCCUAACCUGUCAAUGACAGUUAGUAAAAGACAAGACAAGCAAAAGGAGUAUUUCUCUGGAACUAAAGUUAGACUAUUUUAUCCUGGUCAAAAUGUAAUUGUUAGGGACUAUCGCACCCGCGACAAAUGGGUUAGUGCUACGGUAAUUAAGCAGAUCAGCAAUGUUAUAUACGAAGUUGAAUUGACGUCUGGCAUUGUGUUCAGACGGCAUAUUGAUCAGAUUGUAGCCGUGCAGGGAGAGCCAGCUGAUGUAAACAAACAGGUAGAAUCAGCUGACGCUUUCGAUGACAGUUCCUCUUCCCCCCCGGUCAUGACGCCGGUGGUGGGGCGAGAACCAAUAGCGGUGAGUCCCCACUCUCCGCCGAGCGGCCGUGUGGCUCGCUCCCCUCCCCUCUCAGUGUCGUGCCGUUCUAACGGUAAACAAACAGCUGAUCGUGGCAACACGUCACCGGCUGCGACGGCAGUGUUCCCAAACAACAACAAUGAUAGACGCUAUCCUGUGCGGGUUAGAAAUCCCGUGGAUAGGAUGAACUUGUAA